AUGUUUACUGGGUCUUACAAGAAUGCGAUGAUUCUUAUGAAUGUCUACUGCAACAAGAUAAUGAAGCCCAUUGAUGGCUCCUGCUGCCAACCUCAGCCUCCUCUCACUCUGAUACAGAAGUUAGCUUUCUGUUUCUUUACUUUGUCCAUUAUUGGAUAUUUAAUUAUCAGUUUAAUUCAUCGGAAUAAUUUUCGGAAGAACAAGUCAUGCACUGAUUUGGAAAGUGGAGAGGAGAAGAAACCUGCCAUCAACACUCCUUAUGUUUCUACUUUAGAGAUGCUCUUACACUCCUUCUGCAAACUUGGUCUAAUCAUGACCUAUUUUUAUCUGUGUGACAGAGCAAAUCUGUUCAUGAAGGAAAAUAAAUUUUAUACACAUUCAUCUUUCUUCAUACCAAUCAUCUAUAUCUUGGUCUUGGGGGUGUUUUAUACCGAAAAUACCAAAGAGACUAAAGUGUUAAAUAGAGAACAAACUGAUGAAUGGAAGGGCUGGAUGCAGCUUGUUAUUUUGAUUUAUCAUAUCUCUGGAGCAAGCACUUUUUUGCCUGUAUACAUGCACAUUCGAGUUCUGGUUGCUGCAUAUCUGUUCCAAACAGGUUAUGGACACUUCUCUUAUUUUUGGAUAAAAGGGGACUUUGGUGUAUACAGAGUGUGUCAGGUUUUAUUUCGUCUCAAUUUCUUGGUUGUGGUACUGUGCAUAGUGAUGGACCGACCUUACCAGUUCUACUACUUUGUGCCGUUAGUCACUGUCUGGUUUAUGAUCAUUUAUGCCACCUUAGCUAUAUGGCCUCAGAUAGUCCAGAAGAAUGCAAAUGGGAACUGCUUAUGGCACUUUGGUUUACUGCUGAAACUGAUUUGCUUACUGACAUGUAUAUAUUUUCUGUCAUAUUCUCAGGGCGCAUUUGAGAAGAUAUUUUCUUUUUGGCCACUGUCCAAGUGUUUUGAACUGAAUGGGAAUGUCUAUGAAUGGUGGUUUAGGUGGAAAUUGGAUCGAUAUGUAGUUUUUCAUGGGAUGCUGUUUGCUUUUAUUUAUCUGGCAUUGCAGAAACGUCAGAUGAUAUCAGAAGGAAAGGGAGAUCCUCUUUUCUCCAACAGAGUUUCAAAUGUUUUAUUAUUUAUUUCAAUUGUAUCCUUUUUGACCUAUUCUAUUUGGGCUAGUAGCUGUAAAAACAAGACUGAGUGCAAUGAACUACAUCCUUCUGUUUCUGUGGUGCAGAUUUUAGCUUUUGUCCUCAUCAGGAACAUUCCUGGAUACGUCCGAUCUGUGUAUAGCUCGUUCUUUGCCUGGUUUGGCAAAAUUUCUCUAGAGCUUUUCAUUUGCCAAUACCAUAUUUGGCUGGCAGCAGACACAAAGGGGAUCUUGGUGCUCAUUCCUGGAUAUCCGAUGUUUAAUGUUCUUGUCAGCACUUUUAUAUUUGUGUGUGUGGCACAUGAAAUUUCUCAGAUCACUAAUGAUCUAGCACAGAUCGUGGUUCCUAAAGAUAACUCAACUCUGCUGAAAAGGUUGCUAUGCAUAGCUGGAUUUUUUUCUGGUCUGCUCCUCUUCUCGGCAAUGCAAGAGCAGUCAAAGCAUUAACUUGAAAAGAUUCCUGGAAACUUUCUUCAGGUUUACUUUGUGUCUGCCUGAACAAAAAUUCUCAACUAAAAGUACAAGAAGACAUUUAAAUUAAGUGUGUGGAAAAUGUAUAUAGUGCACAUGUAUAUAUUUUGUGUGGAAAUAGCCUUCUCAAAUAAUCUGAGAAACAAGAAUGCACUGUACAGAAUUGCAUGUGAAAAUGAGUCUUUUCUACUGGAUAUAUACUUCGUUUACAUAUCUGUUUAAACGUGAGAUGAAGAAGUGAAGUUCAGUGGUUUAGCAAUAUCAUGUGCAUAUCCCGGAGUUACCUUUACC